UGGAUAAGGCACUGGCCUCCUAAGCCAGGGAUUGUGGGUUCGAGUCCCAUCUGGGGUGAAAUACUUUUCCAUUAUAUGAAGAAGAAAACGGAGAAAUAUCAUACAUCACUGAUCAUAUGACUUUGAGAUCAAACUCGGGAGUUACAAUAGCUAUCCACCAACCCUGUAACAAAAUAGUUGGAGAAUGAUCAGAAGGGGUGGGUUUUGAGUUUGUAUUAUUCAAUGACGGCGACAUCCUGAAUGAAAUCUAUGCUUCGAGUGCCAGCCAAUUGAAUGAAUUGAGGUUUCAGAUCCUCCAAUCCUCUCACAGCUACAAAUCCUAAUACGCCCUCAGUAGCACCUAUAACUUAGCCUAGACCUGGGGGUUUACGUAGCGUGUCCACAAUUUUAUAUUACUGGGUUAUAGGCAACCUAGUAGGCCUAGUGAGUCUACAUAGUCCACUCUACUUUUCUUAGACUUAACACUUUUGCUAAAUAAAACUGACACGAUGGGAGCUUUGCGUGGUCAAAACCUGAUCAUCAUUCAGUGCGUCUUGGCUGCCACCUGUCAAGGAAUUCUUGAGAUACAGAGAGCCACGGUAUAUUGGGAUGCUACCCAGAAGACAGUUUAUUUGAGAAAAGGUAUCAUGGACAGCAUGGGGGAUGCCUAUGGAUACUUCAAUGACAGCUUGUCCAUCACCGGCUGGAAUGUGCUAGAAAUAAAAGCUGGGUAUGGAAAGAUCCGCCAACCAGAUGAGGUCACAUUUUUCAUAGCUGGAUACCUGGAAGGUCACCUCACUGCAGAGCAGAUGUUCAGUCAUUACAUUAACAUGUACCCUCAGCUGAUAAAGGACAAGCGAGUCCUGGCACCCUUGAGAAAUUUUCUGAGAGAGCAGGAUGCAUGGACCAGAGAGCAAGUGAAGCAGAACAAGAAUGACCCCCUGUGGCAGCAUGCAGGACUGGUUAUUGCCCAGUUGGACGGGCUCCAAGCGGGUGCAGCGGACUGGGCAAAAAAACAGCAGAGACAGUCGCUGUCUAUGUUUGCCAUACAGUUCCUCAAUGCAGUUGGGGACCUACUGGACUUAGUCCCAGUCCUGAGAUCACGCAGAUUCAGCCUCUCUGACUUAUUCAGCAAACCAACCAUGGGUCACUGUUCAGUUCUCAUCAAGAUGUUACCAGGCUAUGAAAACCUCUUAUUUGCUCACUCGAGCUGGUAUACAUACGCUGCCUCCAUGCGCAUCUACAAGCACUGGGACCUUAGACUGUCCAGUGCAGACGUAGCCACGGGCAAGAUGUCCUUCAGCAGCUACCCUGGCCUUCUGACGUCGCUCGACGACUUUUACCUGCUGGGCAGCGGGCUGCUCAUGACCCAGACCACAAACAGCGUCUACAACAACUCCCUCUUCUCCUCGGUGACGCCACAGAGCUUGCUCGCAUGGCAGAGGGUGCGCUUGGCUAACGCCAUGGCACGGACUGGUGAACACUGGGCUAGUAUUUUCUCAAAGUAUAACUCAGGCACCUAUAAUAACCAGUACAUGGUGGUAGACCUGAACAGAGUGACGUUGGGCAGAAAGAUUGAUGAUGGGGCUCUGACUGUGGUCGAGCAGAUCCCUGGUCUGGUGGUUUCCUCAGAUCAGACCCAGGCUCUCCGACAAGGAUACUGGGCGUCCUACAAUGUGCCUUUUCAUCGGGAUAUCUACAACCUGAGUGGCUAUGAACUGAUGUGGAGCCAAUUGGGGGAAGACUACUCCUAUGACCUCUGCCCAAGAGCCAAGAUCUUCCGCAGGGAUCAGGGCAGAGUCCUUAGCUGGGCCUCCAUGAAACAUAUCAUGCGAUACAAUAACUACAAAAAAGAUCCAUAUGCCAAGGGACACCCCUGCAAAACCAUCUGCUGUCGCAAUGAUUUAAGGAUUAGGAGACCGCAUCCUACAGGCUGUUAUGACACUAAGGUGACCGACUAUCUUCAUGCGCAGAAAUUUGUUGCUGAAGCAGUGAGUGGACCCCCCACACAGGGUGGACUUCCCCCCUUCUCCUGGGAACGCUUCAACCGCACCUCUCACAUGGGCCUUCCACAGAUGUACAACUUCAGCUUUGUUACCAUGCAGCCCCUUCUGUUCACACCCUGACCUAGUCCACUAUAGACUCCAGCUCCCAGUGGCCCAUCUUAUGGAAGAGACAUUACACUGGUCACACCAAAUGACUAUUUUAUAUACACAAUGACUAUAUAAUACACUCAUUGG